CCUCAUUGCUUCCUGUACGGGUGGCACAUCAUAUCACUCAAUUCCAGCUCGAUUUCCCUACAAAUCUACAAAUUGUUUCCCAUCUCGAAACAAUCUCCAUUCAAAUUAUUAUAUUGCGUGAUGAUAUUCGUUACGGCUGCGUGUUGUCUGCGCUUGGAUAUGGAGCUUGUUUUCGGUCAGUUAAUCCGCCGGUCGGAGGAUUCGGCUGUCCGAUUAUCAGCGUAGCCUCGGCUUUGGGUUUGUCGAGCUUUCUGCAAAUCUGCUACGAUUAUUCGGUUGAUCGAUCGGUGCAGGUAUUUCGUGGAUCUAUUCGUAUUUUGUUCGUGCAGCCUUUAUGGUCGAUCCUGUGCAAUGUUUUGUUGUUGAUCUGUUCCUUUAUCUGGAUUUCUUCAUCUUUUCGUGUUGGUUUUUAUUGCUAUAUUGAAUUAUUUUUGGGGAUUUUGAUGUGUUGCUGACCAAUGUUUUCUGUUAUCCUGAGGAGGCGUUUCCCAUUUAUUCCUUCUAUUUUUAUUAGAAAAUCCAUGGCAUGAGUGAUUGGGGAAAUUUUAAUUCUUAUUUUUGUUCCUUACGAUUCUGUUGAGUUGUAAAUUGGUUAUUGGGUAUUGAUAUCCCUCUAUCUGCAGGAUUUACAAGUUUAACAAGCUUAUGUUUAUUGUAUAAAGGCUACAGCAUCCUUAACAUGGACUGCACUGCACCUGCUUUCGAAAUAUUUACAUUCUCGAAUAAUUUAUCAUGGAUUCUGUUUCUAUUGCGAUAUCGAAUUGUUUUUGGGGGUUUAUAUUUGUUUGUUCCCUGGAGUAAUUUGUUACUGGCCAAUUUUUUGUUAUCCUGAUGAAGUGUUUCUAUUUUUUUUCUUAUUUUAUUUCCUUCUUAAAAUAUCCAUGCCAUGAGUGAUUGAGAAGUCUUAAAUCUGAUUUUUGUUCUCUUCUUUUCUUUCGAUUCUGGUGAGUUUUUAAAUUUGUUAUUCUGUUCUUCAUCUCCUCUAUAGACAGGAUUUGCCCUGUUGUUUAAGCUCAUGCUUAUUGUAUUUGGCUACAGUAACCUUCAUCUGGACUGUACUACACCUGAUUGGAAUGAAUUCACGAUCUGGAAAUAAUUUAUCAUGGAUCCUGAAGUUUGGGGUAGAUUGUGGAAGGACUGAUCAAGGAUCUCAUGGUUUAAUAUAAGUGUUUGCAUGUAAGAAAAGAGAGAUGUCUUAUGUAAAAAAUAGGGAGCUGUGGGUAACGGCUAAGGUGAAUGGUACUGUCCGUUGUCAACUAAGACCUUUGCCAUGAUGGGUGAGCUUGCAUGGCAGGUCACUACAUAAUAAAAUUUUCUCUUUUUGUGUUUCGAGGGGAGGUGGCACAGGUUUGCCUGGCUCUCCCCUCUGUGUGUGUGAUUUACGCUCUCCUUCUCUCCUACACACACCCAAUGCCAAACACACAUGGUAUUUCAUUAUUGAGCUAUCAAUCAGAACGACAUAAUAAAAGAUGAACUGGAUUGAUAGGACUCAUACAACACAUCUUGGAACUGGAACACUUUGGCAACGGGGGGAUGUAAAACCCCUAAACGAUUUAAAGGGAAAUUCACUGAGGAAAUAUACACAAACAUGGCUGUCAACUUCAUUCGAGAAUGUCUCUUUUUCUUACCCAGACACGAGCUCAAAUUUCGACUCCACCUGGAUCCAUAUCAGUAUAAAUGUUCCAGUACUGUACUUACAGGGAAAUGUGGAAGACGAUUCCGGUCCAAGAGAAAUGUGGAAGACUUAUACGAUGAGUUUGGGAUGGUUGAGAGAAAGGAUGGCUCAUGUCUUGGCCUGCAUGAACCAACCAGAUGAUGUGGAAUAA